AUGACAUACAAAGUUGCUGGUUCAGAAUGGGUUGACCCUUUGGUAGCCAAAGCCAUCAAACAAAGUACAUUGGGCGGUUUCAUUUCUCCUGACAAAAUCGUAGAAGAGAGAAAGAAAAUCAAGUUCCCAGAGUUCUUUGGUCCUUUCAACCCAGAAGAGGCUGGAAAGUAUGAAUUUCUUAAGAAUCCUGAUGGAGCUAAGAAUGACAAGGGUCACUUGGGAGAUCCAACAUUCAAAAACUUAUUCAAGCCAGGGUCCAAGGUGAAGACCAUUGACUUGUCACCAAACUACGGUACUGAAAUUGACGGUAUUCAAUUGAGUGAAUUGGAUGAAGCCGGAAAGAACGACUUGGCUUUAUACUUAGAAACAAGAGGUUUGGCUGUCUUCAGAAAUCAGGAUUUUAGGGAGAAAGGUCCAGCUUUUGCAAAGAAAUUUGGUCAACAUUUUGGUCCAUUACAUAUCCACCCAUCGGUAAGCUAUUCAGCAGAAGAAUCCCCAGAGUUGUUGGUUACAUACAGACCAGCGGGAGGUCCAGAAAGGUACAAUGCACAAUUUGCAGGUACUACUACAACUACUGGGUGGCAUUCGGACGUCAGUUUUGAAGAAUACCCAGCUUCUUUCAGUUUUUUCGUUGCUUUGGAAGCACCAGAAACUGGCGGAGAUACUGUAUUCCUUGACUUGAGAGAAGCCUAUAGGAGAUUGUCUCCCCCAAUUCAAAAGUUCUUUGAAUCUUUGACAAUCAUUCACACCAACUAUUACCUAAACCAACUUGCUAAAUUGAAGGACUUGGAUACGCGUGUCAAUGCUGAUUCUUUUGCUGAACAUCCAUUGGUCAGAACUCAUCCUGUUACAGGUGAGAAGUCGUUGUUCUACUCUAAAGGAUUUGCCCUCAGAGUAAAGGGACUCAAGCAGCAAGAGUCAGAUGCCAUUCUUAGUUUCUUGGAAGACCAUAUUAACAACAACCCUGAAAUUCAAGUGAGAGCAAGUCAUAGAGGAACCAAUUCGGGAACUAUUAUUGCCUGGGAUAAUAGAAUCUCUAUACAUACUGCUGUUGCUGAUUUCUUACAACACGAGACCGGACCUCGUCACCAUUUCAGAAUUACUGUUGUAGGCGAAAAGCCUUACUUCGAGGAAGCUGCCGAAGAGAAAGUUGCAAAUGGACACAUCAAAAGCUCAUCUAAUGGACACUCUAACGGACACUCUAAUGGAAACUCUAACGGUCACACAAUUGCUUCUAAUGGCUCCAAUGGUAGUGAGAACUAA